AUGAAGCUCUCCUUGACCUCCGCUGCCCUCGCGCAGCUGCUCCUCGGCAUCGCGCAGCCCGUCCUCGCGGCCCCGAGCCAGGACCUGAGCACCAGCACCAUCCCGAAACUGGGCGCCGUCGCCUCCGAGACGGACAUCUGCAGCAGGAUCGGCACCGACCUCCUCCAGAAGGGCGGCAACGCCGCCGACGCCACCGUCGGCACCGUCCUCUGCGUCGGCGUCGUCGGCAUGUACCACAGCGGCAUCGGCGGCGGCGGCUUCAUGCUCGUCCGCUCGAGCAACGGCACCUACGAGUUCAUCGACUUCCGCGAGACGGCCCCGGCCGCCGCCUUCGAGACCAUGUACACCAACAACACGCGAGCCAGCAUUUACGGCGGUCUGGCCAGCGGUGUCCCCGGUGAGCUGCGCGGCCUCGAGCACCUCCACAAGAAGUACGGCAAGCUGCCCUGGGCCAAGGUGGUCGAGCCCGCGGUCAAGGUGGCGCGCCACGGCUUCCGCGUCAACGAGGACCUGGUCCGCUACAUGGACUCGGUGACGCCCAACGGCAACUUCCUGACCGAGGACCCGGCGUGGGCCAUCGACUUCGCGCCCAACGGGUACCGUGUGAGGCUGAACGAGACCAUGACGCGCCGGCGGUACGCCGACAUGCUCGAGACCAUCGGCCGGCAGGGCGUCGACGCCUUCUACACGGGCGCCAUCGCCAACGCCACCAUCGCCGCGCUCCGGCGCGCCAACGGCACCAUGACGCUCGAGGACCUGCGCAACUACACCGUCGCCGUCCGCGAGCCCGCCCAGAUCUCGUACCGCGGCUACAAGCUCACGGCCUGCAACGCGCCCUCGGGCGGCAUCGUCGCCCUCAGCGCCCUCAACAUCGUCGGCGGCUACGACGGCUUCGGCAACCCGGGCGCCCGCAACGUCACCGUCCACCGCCUCGACGAGGCCAUGCGCUUCGCCUACGGCCAGCGCACCAAGCUCGGCGACCCGUCCUUCGUCGACGGCCUGUCGGCCUACACCCGGAGCAUGAUCUCCCCCGAGACCGGCGCCCUCGUCCGCUCCCGCAUCUCCGACGCCGCCACCCAGAACGUCUCGUACUACAACCCCGAGGGCAUCGAGUCGCUCGAGACCCCCGGCACCUCGCACGUCGCCGCCGCCGACGCCAGCGGCCUCGCCGUCUCGCUCACCACCACCGUCAACCUCCUCUUCGGCUCCCAGGUCAUGGUGCCCGAGACGGGCCUCGUCAUGAACAACGAGAUGAACGACUUCAGCAUCCCCGGCUCCAGCAACGCCUUCGGCUUCAUCCCGAGCCCGGCCAACUACGUCCAGCCCGGCAAGCGCCCGCUGUCCUCCAUCGCCCCCGUCAUCGUCGAGCAGCCCGACGGCCGCCUGUACUUCGUCAUCGGCUCCGCCGGCGGCAGCCGCAUCAUCACCGCCACCAUCCAGAACCUGCACAACGUGCUCGACCGCAACCUCACCGUCCCCCAGUCGCUCGCCGAGCCCCGCUUCCACGACCAGCUGAGCCCCAACACCGCCGCCUUCGAGUACGCCUACGACAACGCCACCACCGCCUACCUCACCACCCUGGGCGUCAACGUCACCUGGGUCGCCCCCGGCGGCAGCACGGCGCAGGGCGUGAGGCUGCUGCCCAACGGCACCUUUGAGGCCGGCAGCGAGCCGAGGCAGAAGAACUCGGGCGGCUAUGCCGUCUAA